AUGCGAACCAUCAUAUCAACUGAAAAGGUUGAAGAUAUAAAACAUUUAUGGGAACUAGUCAAUCGAAUUCCAAAAGCUAAAACAAAACUCUUGGAUAUGAUUACAGAUCAUAUUUAUCAAUUUGGUAUAAAUACUAUUCAACGUAUUAGUGAAACUGCAAUUGAUGAUCCAGAAACGUAUGUCAAAGAACUCAUUAAUAUUUAUAAAAAAUUCUUAGAAAUUUUUGGUACUGAAUCAUACUUUGAAGCUGCCUUCGAUAAAGCUUGUCAUAAGUUUAUAAAUAAUAAUGCCAUAACACAAAAAGCUGAUACAACAACAAAAUCAGCUGAAUUAUUAGCUCGAUAUUGUGAUGAACUUUUACAAAAAGGAGACGAAACUAUUAAGGAAAAAUUUAAUGAAAUAUUGAUCAUUUUUAAUUAUAUUGAAGAUAAAGAUGUUUAUGAAAAAUUCUAUCGUAAAAUGUUGUCAAAACGUUUAGUUGAUCAAUUAAGAACUGAUGGUGAUGAUGAUGAAAAAUUAAUGAUAUCAAAAUUAAAAGUAUAUAAUCUAUCUAUCAUGAUUCUUACUCUUCAUUUUACUUUAUUUUUACAGCAAACAUGUGGUUUUGAAUAUACAUCAAGAUUCGAACGAAUGAUGCACGAUGUUGACGUUAGCAAAAAUUUAACUAAUGAAUAUCAAUCAUAUUGUAAAACUAAUAACCCAAAGAGCAUUGUCAACUUCUCUGUAAUGGUGUUGAAUUCAAAUUUAUGGCCAUUCUCAUCUUUGCCAAAUGUUAUUUUACUAGUUGAAUUGAAAGCAAUAUUGGAUAGUUUUACAGAUUUUUAUACUCAUCGUCAUAAUGGUCGAAAAUUAAUGUGGCUUCAUCAACAUUCAAAAGGUGAAAUACAAACAUAUUUUACUAAAAAGAAAUAUACAUUGCAAGUAUCGACAUAUCAAAUGAUUGUAUUAUUAUUAUUUAAUGGAAAUAUAAAACUGACAGUUGAGGGAAUACGAGAUAAAACACAAAUUCGACCUGAAUUAUUAGUUCAAGUUCUUUAUAGUCUAUUGGAGAGUAAAAUAUUAUUAUGUCAGGAAAUUACUGAAAAUUUUCAAGAUCAUGAUAUUCAAAUGAAUCAUACAAUUGAAUUAACGAAAAACUUUACAAGUAAAAAAAUUCGAAUAAAUUUAAAUGUACCAUUAAGAUCAAUCGAACAACAAGAUUUGGAAUGUUUAAAUAUAUCAAUCGAUAAAGAUCGUUAUUUAGUUAUUCAAGUAGAUAAAAAUUAA